CCCGCGCUGGCCUGUCCGGCCCCGCCCCCGCCCCGGGCCAUGGCCCAGCCCUGGUCCCGGCCCCUCGUCCUAUCCUCACCCAGCCCUUGGCCCCCAGCCCCGCCCUCGCCCCGCUUCCCAAAUCGGCCCCUGCCCCGGCCUGGGUCCCAGCUAAUGCCCAGAUCCGAGUCCCAACCCAGGCCCCCCCUCCAGUCCCAGUCCCAGUCCCUGUGCCUGUCCUGGCCCCCAACCCCUCCUCUGCCCUUGUUCCACCUCCUGUCACAAAUCCCAGCCGAAACCCUGUCCCAACCCCAUUCCCAGUGUUUGCUUAAACCCGGUGCCCAAACCCUGCCCUUGCCCCAGUCCCCAUUACAGCCCCUCCUUCAAUCCCAUUCCCUGCCCUUGUUCAAGCCCCAGUGCCCAGCACAGCCCAAUCCAUUAUCUCAGCCUUUGCCCUCAUCUCUGUGUUUACCCAAGUCUCUCCCACUAUCCACCCCCCUCUCUCAUACCCUGCCCCUCUCCCAGCCUCGACUCAGGUCUGGGCUCCAGCUGCCGCCAGCCUUAUUGCUGCUGUUGCUGUUCUCGGUCCUUGGCCCGGGGGCUGGAGGCCUCUUCCUGACUGACUACUCCACCUGCUCACCCCGCAAGCUGAGUCCCUUCCGCUCCUUUGCCAGCACCGAGCUCUUCCACUUCCAUGUUCCUGAGGACACAUUCCUGGCUGUUUGGAACCUCAUCAUCUUCAAGGAGCAGGGGGGAACCUUUGGGGACCACUGCCCAGACCAAAGUGUGACUGUGUAUUUCCGGUCCGGGGCACCCCCUGUCAUCAAUCCCCUGCACACACAUUUCCCAGGGGACACGGCUGUGCCUGGGGUUUUCUCACUGACCCUCAGCUGGACACUGCCCAACCGCACCUCAGGCAUCUUUAACGUCAGCAGCCCCUUACCUGGGGACUGGUUCUUGGCUGCCCACCUUCCCCAGGCCCAUGGCCACAUCUCUGUCAAGGGUCUCCAGGAUGAGUGUCAGUACCUCCUUCAACCACAGCUGAUUGUCCGGCGUUUGCUGGACGUUGCUGUGCUGGUGCCUGGCCGUCCCUCAGAGCAAACCCUCUCGGCCCACAAUCGCUCAGCCCUGUACAAGGUCUUUGUGCCCAGCUUUACUUACAGGGUUUCAGCACAGCUGGCGUGUGUGGGGAGCCGCGGGGCAUCAGCCUGCCCCCUGACGUUGCGCCUGCGCCCCAAGGCCCCACCCCUGCACAACUCAAGCUCUUUGUCCUGUGGAGGUGCCUCGGUGUGCCAGCUGGAGCUGGCACUGCCCCCCUGGGGGCACUGGGUCUACGUGCGUGUGGAGAUCCCAUCCCGGGGUCCUGGCAGGACCAUCCGCUUCCAGCUCUGUGUGCGGUUGCAAGAGUGCCCACAGCCCAGCCUGUCCCGUGUCCUCGUCCCUGGAGCUGCCAUGAACAUGCCCCAGUCACUGGGCAACCAGCCACUGCCCCCAGAGCCGCCAUCCCUGGGGGCUUCUGCGGAGGGGCCUGGGGCCACAUCCCCACCAGAGCACUGCUGGCCAGUGCGCCCGACACUGCGCAAUGAGCUGGACACCUUCUCUGUCCACUUCUACAUCUUCUUUGGCCCCAGCGUGGCCCUGCCCCCUGAGCGCCCCGCAGUGUUUGCCCUGAGGCUGCUGCCAGUGCUGGACAGUGGAGGCGUCCUCAGCCUGGAGCUCCAGCUCAAUGUGAGCUCCCUGCUCCAGGAGAAUGUGACGGUGUUUGGAUGCCUGACUCACGAGGUGCCCUUGAGCCUGGGGGAUGCAGCGGUGACCUGUUCUAAAGAGUCCCUGGCUGGCUUCCUCCUGUCCGUCAGUGCCACUUCCAGAGUGGCCAGGCUGCGAAUCCCUUUCCCACAGACUGGGACCUGGUUCCUGACCCUGCGCUCCCUGUGCGGGGUGGGGCCUCGGUACGUGCGGUGCCGGAACGCGACGGCCGAGGUGCGGCUGCGCACUUUCCUCUCCCCCUGCGUGGACGACUGCGGGCCCUACGGCCAGUGCAAGCUGCUGCGCACGCACAACUACCUGUACGCGGCCUGCGAGUGCAAGGCCGGGUGGAGGGGCUGGGGCUGCACCGACAGUGCCGAUGCGCUCACCUAUGGAUUCCAGCUGCUGUCUACGCUACUGCUCUGCCUGAGCAACCUCAUGUUUUUGCCACCCGUGGUCCUGGCCAUUCGGAGCCGAUAUGUGCUGGAAGCUGCUGUCUACACCUUCACCAUGUUCUUCUCCACGUUUUACCAUGCCUGUGACCAGCCAGGCAUUGUGGUUUUCUGCAUCAUGGACUACGAUGUGCUGCAGUUCUGUGAUUUCCUGGGCUCCUUAAUGUCCGUGUGGGUCACUGUCAUUGCCAUGGCUCGUUUACAGCCUGUGGUCAAGCAGGUGCUGUAUUUGCUGGGGGCUAUGCUGCUGUCUAUGGCUCUACAGCUUGACCGGCAUGGACUCUGGAACCUGCUUGGACCCAGUCUCUUCGCCCUGGGGAUCUUGGCCACAGCCUGGACAGUACGCAGCGUCCGCCGCCGGCACUGUUACCCACCCACGUGGCGCCGCUGGCUUUUCUACCUGUGUCCUGGCAGCCUUAUUGCAGGCAGUGCUGUCCUACUCUAUGCUUUUGUGGAGACCCGAGACAACUACUUCUACAUUCACAGCAUUUGGCAUAUGCUCAUCGCUGGCAGUGUGGGCUUCUUGCUGCCCCCACGUGCCAAGACUGACCACCGGGUCCCAUCUGGAGCCCGGGCCCGGGGCUGCGGUUACCAGCUGUGCAUCAAUGAGCAGGAGGAGCUGGGCCUUGUGGGCCCAGGGGGGACCACUGUCAGCAGCAUCUGUUCCAGCUGAGAGGGGCUUUGGGCCUGGCCCUUGGGGAACAUGAACCCUUCCUAGGGGCAGAGAGCCCUUCCUGGGAGUGUGGAACCCUCCCUGGAUAAGAGACAGGUUGUAUUUUUGAGGACAUGGUGUCUUUCUUUAGGACAUGGAGCUCUUCUAGGGACCUGGCGCACUCCUGAAGGCCUGGAGUCUUCCUGCAUCCAUGGAGUCCUUCUUAAGGACUGGAGCCUGUGCAGGCCCCUAGAGCCCCUCAGGACCAAGGUGUCCCUCCUAGGGGUGUGGAGUCCUUCCCAGGGAUGUGGAGCCCCCCUAAGGACAUGGAUUCCUUCCCAGGGAGACAAAGCCCUCUCAGGACGUGGCAUCAUUCUCGAGGAAAUGGAGUCCAUCUUGGGGAAACUGAGUCUCCAGAUCUUCCCAGCAUCUCAGCAACUCUGGCCUCAGGCUUUCUUCCCAAGGCAGCGUCUGGGCCGUGCCGUGCCGUGCUGGGAGGGGGAUUGGAGGACAGCUGGGGCUGGGGCUGGGGUGACUGGUAUCCUGAGUUGAUGCAGGCGGAGUCUGGUGUGUCUCCAAUGAAGUAUUUGCUGGUUC